ACAUGUUGCCUCAGAGUGACAGUGUCACUGUCGGGAAGGGGACAGCAGUUUAUUUGAACUAUGGUCACAGCGAGGGAAUCUCAGUGUGAAUGAAAACAGAGAUCUCCUGGGAUUUGACCCCUUUCCUUAUUCAUAUGAUUACGGAUUAUCUGUGCUUUAUAAGAAGACAUAACGAGCACACAUCCAUUCAGAAGAGACGGCUGAAGCGAGGACUGGUGAAGGUUUGGAUGACACACAUUCCACUUUCUUCUAGUGCAACUAUAAGGAUCUAUAGAGACAACGGAAGUACAAUAUUAAGCAACCAGGACCUUGUCUACAGUAUUGCAAAAUCUAUAAGCUACGUGCUUGAACAUUAGAUUGUUCAGUAGCUUGAAACACAAUGGGAUUGCAUGGCUCCAAAUUUCCCUCAGAAGCUCGGGUUCUAAUGCUUGGCCUUGAUGGAUCUGGAAAGUCCACCCUGCUGUACAAGCUGAAAUACAAUGAGGCUGUGGUGACUGUUCCUACUGUGGGCUUCAAUGUAGAGAUGCUGGAAACCAAUGAGAAGGGCUUUGUGCUAACAGUAUGGGAUGUCGGGGGCCAGCAUCAGAUGAGGGCUUACUGGGAGCACUACUAUGAGGACACAGCUGGCCUGGUGUUUGUGGUGGACAGCAAGGACAAGACGCGGAUGAUCGAGGCAAAACAAGAACUGGAGAAGAUCCUGGGAAAUAAGAGUUUGAAAGGCCUUCCGCUGAUUGUCCUAGCCAACAAGCAAGACUUGCCAGGAGCCGCAAGCACUGGAGAUAUUACAGAGAGCUUGAACUUGAUGGAGAUUUGUGGAGACAGACGCUGGUUUCUUCAGCCAUGUUCAGCCAAGACUGGUGCCGGUUUGGACGAGUGCUUCCGAAUGAUGGCCCACUUUCUUAAGACUGCUGUAGGAGGAAGAGAGGAAUGUUUACAGAGAGGAAAGAAAUCAUUUAAAGUGAUGACACAGCAGGAUUACUGGUAA